GUCAUGUGAUAUUAUUACAUAUCACGAUAACCAGAGACCUGGGGAAACGCGGUCGCAUAGAUUGAGACGGAUUUUUGACAUGGCUGUCGUACGAAGCACGCAAUUCCUAAGGAAACUUGGCAGUGCCAGACCAACAGUUUUCCAGUCCAGUAGAAGUUAUGGCACUAGGACCUUCGUCACCAAGAGACCAGUGCUGCUAGGUGCAGCAGCAGUGGCUGUAGGGACUGCGGGAGCAUAUACAGCUUACAAACUGUAUGGUGGUGAUGUUCCCAAACAUGCUCUCCUUCAGCCAGUGCAUGCUGCAACCUUGCCGGAAAGUCAGCCAUCUGUCUUUUCUCAGACCAAGCAGCAUGCUUUGUACCUUUGGAUCCACUUGAAACCAGAGGCAGAUUCCAAGGCGUGUGCUAAAGUGGUGGCCAACCUGCAGAAACAUGUUGAUGCUGUGGACCCCCCUGCUGACAGAACUGAGGAUUCUGAGAUAUGGGCUGGUGUUGGCUUUGGCCCCAAUUGUUACAGCCAGCUUGGUAGAAAAACCAAACAGGACUAUGCAUACCGACACCGCCAGGGUCCAUUGGGAGAGAUGCCCAGUACAGGUGGGGAUAUCUUUGUCCAUGCUAAAUGCGAUGAACAGAGUAAGUUGUUUGAGCUGUGUCAGCAGAUCUUGAAGAGUCUCCCCAAGGACAGUGUCAAGGAGUAUGAGGAUGUGUACAGCUUUGUCUUCAGAUAUGGCAGGGAUCUGUCAGGAUUCAUUGAUGGCACUGAGAACCCAGCAGAUGAUGAAUCUCGCCAAGAAGUGGCCGUGGAGAAAGAGACUGGUGGGAGUUAUGUGAUUACACAGAAGUGGAUUCAUCGAAUGAAUGUCAUUAACAGCACAAAAGACUCUGUCAUGGAAGGUUGGGUUGGCAGAAGUAGGGAAGACAGCACUGAGCUGAAGAAAAAACCCAUCUCUUCUCAUGUUGCCCGAAUGACUGGAGGAAAUGCCUUUGCACAGCCAAAGAAGUUUGAGAUUGUUCGUCAGUCCAUGCCCUAUGGCAAUCUGAGUGACAAAUGUGGUCUGUUCUUCAUUGGCUAUGCUGCUCAUCCUCAAAACUUUGAGUUCAUGCUGGAUCGCAUGGUUGGCGCUGGCGGAGACCCUCACUCGGAUGAUGUGAUGAGGCUUUCGGAUUGUGUUAAGGGAACCUAUUGGUAUUUCCCUGGAGCCGAAGAGUUGAAAAAAUUGCGUUAAAGAUGAGCCAGAUCAGAAAAAGAUUCACAGGGUGAAAAUAUCUUAAGUAUUGAGUGAUUAGCUAUUUCACUAGAUUAAAUAACAAAAAUUAUUAUUUACAAAAUGUAGGACUGACAUUUUGUUUAUGAUAUACAUGUACCACACGACUUAUUUUAUGUGCAAAAUACAGGAUGUGUAAUGCUACAUUUCUUAAGAUCCAACUCCUGAUAAUGUUUUCAUCAAUGUUUAGUUUUGUGGAAGAAGCAAUUAAUUAUUAAUGGAAAAAAUGAAAACAAGUUUGGAAUGUUUUAUAUAUCAGAUAUUAUGCAGCUUAAUGAAUUAUUGUUGUUAUUGCUUGCGCAAAGAAUAUCGUUGCAACUAAAGACAGACGCCGUGAUACAUGUACAUCGUGACAGACAAAUUUAGCGACUAAUAUUUUAUAUAUGAAAUAGUAUGUAACCAGUGUACCAGUAUUGUUAUUCUUACUCGCACAGAAUAUAUUGAUACAGUUCUAAAGAUAUAUGUCGCGAUAAUAUUCUUCAUUACAUUUCAGUGUUGUGUAAGAGGCAGCUAUUGAUAAAACGAACGCUACAAUCAAAACUUUUAUGUCAUUGUAUAUUUGAGCAAUAAUUUUACAUGGUAUUUUUGUGAAGUAAUUUUGAGCCUGUCAAUUUUCCAACUGCGUUGAUAAAUUACUAAUAUUUAGUAGAUAAAUUGUAAUGUGAACUGAACGAACAAUUGCUAUUGUUAUAGUGGUAUAUAUUUCAUUUAAUACUGGAAACUGUUGGAGGCAGAGGUGGGUGGGUCAUCGUGCAAAUCUGUCAAUGUGUUUCAAACUUAACAUCGAGUGAUUGUGUCGGGGUGGUCUAUCGGCUAUACUGUUGUAAACCUCACAUAAUAAUGUAGAAUUAGUUAUGCCAUGUGCUCAGCAAAUCGCAAAGUGAAAUUGCAAUCUUUUCACUGUGUCUUUAAAAGUAUGGGUAGGCUACUAGUACAGGUAGCAUGUGCAUGCGUCUGAUAUUUGUUGGCCAAGGACAUAUAUAAAUGCUAUGCAAAUAUUUUUACUUGAUAUUAUAUGCAUUCUGCUUUGUAUUGCAAUAGUUGAAAGAAAAUAAAGGAGUUUACUAGUACGAUAAUUA